AGAUGAUCUCGGGCGUAGGGUCAACUUUACAGCUAAUUAUGGAGUUGUACAAAGACUCAAAGGGUCGAGCGACCCAGCGAGUCGAAGAAUUAGGAAGUGCUGUUGUCUCUGCGUCUAUUUCUUUGAAUAAAAAUGGCAUCCCUGUCCAUCGAUGAACGCACUUCUCUCCUCCCGGUGUCCCAGAGCUCCUCUGAGGUGGAACCGGCAUGCAGCUCUCUACUGCAAGAGCUGCAAACUAUAACGAAGAAAACGAUACCUAUCUGUGUCUCCUUUGCACCUCAGAACAUAGUACAAGCCUGCAGCGUCGUCAUUGCGGGAACACUUGGCCCAUCUCCGAUGGCAAUCGCAUCCUACGGGUUCAUGUUCUUCUCCUGUACUAGCACCAUAGUCGCGAUUAGAGGUGCCACUGCUCUCGAUACACUAUGCGGCCAAGCUCUCACAUCAGUACACAACCCAAGCAUACUUGGAUUGUUCCUUCAGCAAUGCAUAAUCAUUCUCCUCUUCAUAUUCGGGAUGCUCAUCACACCCAUCUGGUUGCUUUCCGGCCGGCUCUUCAUUGCACUCGGCCAGGAGGAGCAAUUCGGUCUCGGAACCGGCCGAUUCAUGUGCAUGAUGCUGCCCGCCGGCUUCUUACAAGUGCUCAGCGAAUGCUUGAAAAAGUUCCUUCAGGCUCAAGAAACGAGCAACCGAGUCGGCGUCGUCAUGUUCGGGACGAGCGCAGCAGGCAUUCUGAUCAGCUUUGCUCUGGUCAAAUGGACAGAUUUAGGACUGUGGGCCAUCCCACUUGCGUUCUCCAUAUACCAGCUCUCGACUGCCAUCUUGCUGCUUUACACCAUCUACGUCACGCCCAUAGCUAGGGAGAGUUUCCGUGCGUCAACAACAGGAGUGCUCGGGGGCUUGCCUCGUGUACUGUAUUACGCGAUCACGGGCAUUCUGACGAUUGCAACAGAAUGGUGGAGCUUCGAGAUCCUCGCCAUGAUGGCAGCACGACUAGACAAAGUCUCAAUCGGGGCCCAGAGCAUCCUAAUGUCCUCAGACCUCUUCCUCACAACCAUCUCCCUCGGCAUCAGCGUCGCAGCCAGCCAUCGCAUAGACGGCUUACUCGGCGCCAACCGCGGCUCCCUAGCACCCAAAGCCAUCACCGCCUCCUACCUCCUCUCCUUCAUAUUCGGCGUCCUCGAAUUCGCAGCCAUCAUGCUCGCGCGAAGCCAGUACGGCUAUCUCUUCACCAGCUCCCCCUCCGUCGUUCAGAAAACGGCCCAAGUCCUACCUCUAAUGGCGGCCUUCCAGGUCCUCGAUCUCUCGAAUGGCGGCGCGGGUGGCGUUCUCCGUGGCGCCGGCAAGAAUCACCUCUCAGGGGCGUGUAACUUUGUGGCGUACUACGGCGUAGGUUUGACGACGGGGUACUAUCUCUGUUUCCAGAGGGACUACGGGCUGUUUGGGUUGUGGGCGGGCAUCAUCGCGGGGAGCGGCGCGCUCUUGAUGCUCCAGACCGCAUGCAUCACGAGGAUUUCUUGGGACGAGCUGGGGAGGGAAGUUUCUAAGCGGCAUCGACAGUAAGGGGGGUAAGUCGGGACUGCUCCUAUUCUUAACGGCGGACUGGAGCCCUGCGAAUUUUGGAUAUAGCUAUAAUGCAGAGACACGUGACCUGAAUCGUUACAUUCCGGUCGCUACAUAGCGUCUUAGGACAGUUGAUCUGAGAUCUGAGGUUGGCUGGAAGCCUCUCUUUCCCACGAUUGUACCCUAUCAGAGAGCGAGGGAGGACUAGAGUAUGAGUAUAUAGACUAGUGGUUUCCAACGUCAGAGUUUGUAAAUAUAUCAU